CAGUUAUGGCAACGCGGACCGGACUGGCUUGGAGCGAAAGAGAACUGGCCUCCCACUCCCGUAAUUAUUGAAACCGAUGAAUUGAAAGCUGAAACCAAGUUCACUCGUGAACUAUUCACAUUAGCUGUGACAGGAAAUGAUAUGUUUGACGAACUUCUCAGGAAAUUUGAGCUGCGAAUUGGAGCAUGGGUGGCGAG